AAGCAGACAGGGAUGGGGGGGACAGAGCUGGAGGGGAGAUGGGGAAAAAGCUCGAGGGGCAGGAGCAGACAAGGAUGGAGGGCAGAGCCGGGGGUCUCCGGGGACGGAUCCGGGGGCUCCGGGCGGGGCGGCGCCCACGAAGCGUCUCUGCUGCGGGCGGGGGUCCCGGGGGUGCCGGGGGUCCCCGCGGCGGAGGAGGAGGAGGAGGUGGAGAAGGAGGAGGAGGAAGAACGAGCGCGCCGCUAAGCCCCAGCGGGCUCUGCGGGCAGCGGGGCGGGCACAGCGGCUCCAUCGCCGCGCGGGGAGCGAAGGGGAGGAAGAGGAGGAAGGGGAGGAAGGGGAGGCGCGGGGGCAGCGGCUCCAUCGCCGCGCGGGGAGAGGAGAGAGAGGAGGAAAAGGAGGAAGAGGAGGCAGCGGCUCCAUCACCGCGGAGAAAGGGGAAGAGGAGGCAGCGGAGGAAGGGGAGGCGCGGGGCGUAGCGGCUCCAUCGCCGCGCGGAGAAGGGGAAGAGGAGGAAGAAGAGGAAGAGGAGGCAGCGGCUCCAUCACCGCGGAGCCAGGGGCCGGGGGGGCAGAGGAGGCAGCGGAGGAAGGGCCGGGCAUGGCCUGAGCAUCCCUGGCGGCUGCGGGAUGCGGCGCGGGAUGCGGCGCGGGGCGGGAUGCUGAGGGCAGGGGCCGGCGGGGGGGCCCCCCCCGGGGGGCUGCGCAGCGCCUCCCCCCACCGCAACGCCUACGAGGCCUCCAUCCAAGCCCUGGCGCCCACAAAGGAGGCGGCGGACGGCGAGGACGGGAAGAAGAGCCGCGGGAAGAAGUAUGGCUCCAACGUGCACCGCAUCAAGAACAUGUUCCUGCAGAUGGGGACGGGGCCCGAGGGCGCCUGCGACCUGGCCAAGGGCAAGGAGAAGCCCGUGCGCCUCUCCCUGCCCCGCGCCGGCAGCCUGGGCGAGAGCGUGGACCAGGGCCACCUCCUCAAGCUGGGCACCAGCGUCUCCGAGAGGGUCAGCCGCUUCGACUCCAAGCCUGACAAACCGUUCUCCAAGCUGCAGGAGACCCGCAAGAUCUUCGAGAGGAGCCCACAGGAGAAAGCCUCCACCACCAAGCUCCUGCUGCGCAAGGAGCGAGCUGGGUUCCAGGACCGUAAGCUGGAUGUGGUGGUGAGGUUCAAUGGCAGCACCGAGUCCUUGGACAAGCUGGACACCGAAGCUGUCUCGCCUACGGUCAGCCAGCUCAGCGCUGUCUUCGAGAAGGCCGAUCUCCGCAACAAUCUCCACAAGGCGCCGGGGCGAGCGGGAGGACCUCUCAAUGCCAAGGUGGUGGGCAAGCGGCCGCGGGUCUUCUUGCCGAGUACCGAGGCUGGACGGCCAGGUGAUGGCCACGCUGCCCCGGCCCGCGCCAGGCCACCGGAGGAGGACAAGGCAUCGGGGAAGAGCGGCCGGCCAGCAGAGAAGGAGACGGCCACUCUGCGGGUGCAGGAGGUCUGCAAGAUCAAGCCGGUAGAGGUGGAGGAGAGCGGCGAGGCCGAGGAAGAGGAGGAGGUGGCGGCGGCGGGUGAACCAGUGCCCGCACCCCAACCAGCCAAGGAAGCCGAGGGUCCAACACCUGCCAUCCCCCGGCUGGAAGGAGGCUCAGAGGCAGCCACGGGCUCGGAGGGCGUCAAGGGUGAGCGGGCAGAAGAAAGCGAUGCCUGUGAGGAGACCAAGAAGGAGGACUUCUCCGAAGCGGACCUAGUGGACAUAAGUGCCUACAGUGGGCUUGGGGAGGACUCGGGGGGCAGUGGGCUGGAGGAGGAGGAGGAGGCCGAAGGGCUCUAUGAACCCGAGUCAGGGUGUGUGGAGAUCCCUGGGCUGUCCGAGGAAGAGGAGCCCGUCCCCAACCGCAAGAUCCAGUUCAGCACGGCCCCCAUCCAGGUCUUCAGCACUUACUCCAAUGAAGACUAUGACCGCCGCAAUGAAGACGUCGACCCCAUGGCUGCGUCAGCCGAGUACGAGCUGGAGAAGAGGGUGGAGCGGCUCGACCUCUUCCCCGUGGAGCUGGAGAAAGACUCCGAAGGGCUGGGGAUCAGCAUCAUCGGCAUGGGCGCGGGGGCUGACAUGGGCCUGGAGAAGCUGGGCAUCUUCGUCAAGACCGUGACAGAGGGAGGCGCGGCCCACCGGGACGGCAGGAUUCAGGUGAAUGACCUCAUCGUGGAGGUGGAUGGCACCAGCCUGGUGGGGGUGACACAGAGCUUCGCCGCCUCCGUCCUCAGGAACACCAAGGGCCGCGUCCGGUUCCUGAUCGGGCGGGAGAAGCCUGGGGAGCAGAGCGAGGUGGCGCAGCUGAUCCAGCAGACGCUGGAGCAGGAGCGGUGGCAGCGGGAGAUGAUUGAGCAGCGCUACACCCAGUACACUGAGGAUGAUGAGGAGACAGGCGAGUAUGCCACGGACGAGGAGGAGGAGAUGAGCCCCAUGUUCCCCAGCAGUGAAAUGGCCAUCGAGGUGUUCGAGCUGGCUGAGAAUGAGGAUGCGCUCUCCCCUGUGGAGAUGGACCCCGAAAAGCUGGUGCACAAGUUCAAGGAGCUCCAGAUCAAGCACGCUGUCACCGAGGCCGAGAUCCAGCAGCUGAAGAGGAAGCUGCAGUGCCUGGAGCAGGAGAAGGCGCGCUGGCGGGCCGAGAAGGCCCAGCUGGAGCAGAGCGUGGAGGAGAACAAGGAGCGGAUGGAGAAGCUGGAGGGGUACUGGAUGGAGGCGCAAAACCUCUGCCAGGCAGUGGAUGAGCACCUCAAGGAGACCCAGGCGCAGUACCAGACCCUGGAGCGCAAGUACAGCAAGGCUAAAAGGCUCAUCAAGGAGUACCAGCAAAAGGAGAUAGAGUUCCUGAAGAAGGAGACGGCGCAGCGGCGGGUGCUGGAGGAAUCGGAGCUGGCGCACAAGGAGGAGAUGGAGAAGCUGCAGGAGAAGAUCUCCGAACUGGAGGCCAAGCUGCAGACUUUGAAAAAUUCCAACCCGACUUAAACCGCCCUCAAACCGCAGCGAUUCGGGGGGGGCCCCUCUCCCCCCCAGCCCCAUCCCACCCCUCCCCACCCCUGCCCCACUGGGGAGGGGGCACGAUCCCUGCCAAGGCCUCCUGGUGCCCCCCCGUCCCUCGGGAAGCGCAGACAGCGGGGGGGGGGGCGGUGCAGGGUGCAUCUCUGGGGGGUUUUGGGGGUCCGGGACCCCGCGUUCGUGUCUGUGUCCAGUGUGAGUCUCGUGGUGACGUGAUGGACCGAUUGGGGGGGGGGCGUGGCCCCCCAGGCCUCCCCCUUCCCCAAGCACCCCCUCCCUUCGACGUGACCCCCCCUGCGCCCUGGCAUAGAGCUGGCACCCCGGUUAGACACUGGGGGGGAGGUAGGAAUGCCCUCACCCCCCAAACGUGAGCCAUAUUGGGGAGCAAAGCGGGGGGCACGCUGUAAGCUGCCCCCAGCUCCUCCUGGGACUCUCCUGGAGCAGUGGGGGGGGGGGGGGGGGGCAGCUGCCUUUGGCCCCUCUGGACUCAGCCGCCGGUUCAAUGCCUGGGACACUGCAGACCUUCGCCGUGGAGGGGGACCCCAAGUGCCCCCCAGUGCCACCACUGCUACCCUGGGGGGGACCCCUCAGCCUUUGCCAACCCCUGCAGUGGGUGGGGGGGGCAUUGCCUCCCCUGGGGAUGGGGGCUGCCUGACACCCCACUGCAGGGACAUGGCUGGAGGGGCGCCCCCAGUGCCCCCCAGCACCCACCACUGCCCUCCCCGACCCCAGGGCUUUUGCCUUCCCUGGGCAGAGGCGGGGACACAUGGGGGUUCCCCCUUUGGAGGGGGGGAGAUGCCCUCACCCCCCACUGUAAAUAUCCCCCCCCCCAUAAAUCACAGUAUUUCUCUGGGGCUGGGACACCCCGCAUUUGCCAACUCCAGCCGGGUCGGGGGUCCCAGCCCCUCGGCUCGGGGCCCCCCCCUUUAGUUUUUGUUUCUAUUUUGCUCCCCCCGCCCCGAAGUUCCGAGUCUCCGACAGUAACUGGAUGUGGGGGCAACUGGGAGCCAGAGCUGGU